GAUUGGAAUGCUACAAUGUAACAAUCGCAACUGGACGCUUCGGAUUAAAGCGCUGGAAUGUAACGUUGUAUCAUCGGCGUCGCAAACGCGCUGUGAAUGUAGCAAGGAAUAGAAAAACGUGUCGGUUUGUAAUGUUUUUACGAGGGGCUACAGAACAACCAGCCUUUGGAGGAUUUGUCAGAGGAAAAUAUGGGAGAAUACACGGAUUUGUGGGGAUUUAUCCGCUCGGGAAGUUUGUGACAGGGUCUUUCUGACUCACGCGCAUCACAUGAGAUCCAGCUCUUGGACAUUUAUCUGAGCGCUUCUGCCGUUUGUGAUUUCUCCAAGCUGGAUUUGAAGAAGUCUUCUCUGAAUGUACUUUCUGGUGGUUUUCAUUGAUCCAGAACUGUCCCGAUGGCCAGCAGGGUUCAGGUGUAAUCUGUCAGGAGUUUAGAUGCUGUCUAAUGUGAACCAGGCACCGGAGAGGAGAGAGAUCCAUAAAAAGGGUUUCAGGUUAAGUCGCCCACAUGCUCUGGAUUUGGGAUUGGAAUCACAAGGUGGAAGUUGAGAGCAUCAAAUCCCUGCAGGUCUGUGGAAGAUGCUGUCCAGCAGGAGUUGAGACCUUUGCAUUCAUCAGCAACCAGCUCCAUCUGGAUCUAAGGACACAUGCAGGCCAAAAAACGCUAUUUAAUUCUGUUCUCUGCAGGUGUGUGUCUCAUUCUCCUCUUUUACCUGCAGGGACCAGCUUCCAGAAGGACUCCAAACCGAGGGGAUGACCCCCAUCCACACUGGCCCCACUUCUCAGACCCCUUACGUGCUUUUAUUCCGUGGGAUCAGACCGAAACGGAGGACUACAAUGUCCGCGUUUCUCCGAGACACAAAAGAGAUGACAACUCCGGAGCUUACAAGUGCAGAAUGGACUCCUGCUUUGACUUCUCCUUGUGCAGGAGGAACGGCUUCAAAGUCUACGUCUACCCUCAACAGAAAGGUGAGAAGAUCUCAGAAAGCUACCAAAACAUCUUGUCCUCCAUCGAGAGCUCCAGAUUCUACACUUCUGACCCGGGACAGGCUUGUCUCUUUGUUUUGAACCUUGACACCCUGGACCGAGACCAGCUGUCUCCUCAGUACGUCCACAACCUCAAAACUAAGAUCCAGAACCUGAACCUGUGGAAUAACGGGAGGAACCACCUGAUCUUUAACCUGUACUCGGGCACAUGGCCAGAUUACACGGAGGAUUUGGGGUUUGAUAUCGGACAAGCCAUGUUGGCCAAAGCCAGCAUCAGCACCGAGAACUUCAGACCCAAUUUUGACAUCUCCAUCCCCUUGUUCUCUAAAGAUCACCCCCGGACUGGAGGAGAAAGGGGGUAUUUAAAAUACAACACCAUCCCUCCCUUUAGGAAAUAUGUGCUGGUUUUUAAAGGCAAGCGCUAUCUGACUGGGAUUGGAUCUGAUACCAGGAAUGCGCUUUAUCACAUCCAUAAUGCUGAAGACGUGGUUCUCCUCACCACAUGCAAGCAUGGCAAAGACUGGCAGAAGCAUAAAGAUGCUCGCUGCGACAAGGACAAUGCUGAAUAUGACAGGUAUGACUAUAAAGAAAUGCUGCAUAACUCCACUUUUUGUCUCGUGCCUCGAGGACGCCGCCUGGGCUCUUUCCGUUUCCUAGAGGCUCUGCAGGCCGCUUGUGUUCCCGUCAUGCUCAGUAACGGCUGGGAGCUUCCCUUCUCAGAGAUCAUCGACUGGCACACGGCCGCCGUCAUUGGGGACGAGAGACUUCUUCUACAGAUUCCAUCAACGGUUCGCUCCAUCCAUCAAGAUCGCAUUCUGUCUCUCCGCCAGCAGACGCAGUUCUUGUGGGAAGCGUAUUUCUCUUCUGUGGAGAAAAUUGUGCUCACUACACUGGAGAUCAUCCAGGACCGUGUGUUGCAGCACAACGCCCGCAGCACUCUGAUGUGGAACCGGUUGCCUGGAGGACUUUUCACUUUGCCCCAAUUCUCGUCUUACCUGGGCGAUUUUCCCUUCUUCUACCCCGUACUCAGUGUUAAGCCACAGCAGAAGUUCACAGCCGUGAUUCAUGCUGUCACGCCUCUCGUAUCUCAGUCUCAGCCGAUUUUCAAGUUGCUAGUGGCUGUGGCCAAAUCACAGUACUGUGCCCAGAUCAUCGUCCUGUGGAACUGUGAUAAGCCUCUCCCUGCGAAGCACCGCUGGCCCGCCACCUCUGUUCCAGUCAUUGUAAUCGAGGGCGAGAGCAAGGUAAUGAGCAGCCGAUUCCUGCCCUAUGACAACAUCAAAACUGAUGCAGUCUUGAGUCUGGAUGAAGACACUGUGCUCUCGACUACAGAGGUGGAUUUCGCCUUUACGGUUUGGCAAAGUUUCCCAGAGAGGAUCGUGGGAUACCCCGCACGGAGCCAUUUCUGGGACUCUAACAAGGAGCGCUGGGGCUACACCUCCAAGUGGACCAAUGACUACUCCAUGGUGCUGACUGGAGCUGCUUUCUACCACAGGUAUUACAACUACUUGUAUACACAAUACCUGCCCGGCAGCUUAAAGAGUAUGGUUGACCAGCUCUCAAACUGUGAAGACAUCCUCAUGAACUUCCUGGUGUCAGCGGUCACUAAGAUGCCUCCUAUCAAGAUCACUCAAAAGAAGCAGUACAAGGAGACGAUGAUGGGACAGACGUCCCGGGCAUCACGCUGGGCAGAUCCUGACCACUUUGCCCAGCGGCAGAUGUGCAUGAACAAAUUUGCCAGCUGGUUUGGCACCAUGCCCCUGGUCCAUUCGCAGAUGAGACUGGAUCCCGUUCUGUUCAAGGACCAAGUAUCGAUACUGCGCAAAAAGUACAGAGACAUUGAGAGACUCUGACGAAGUGGAGAAACACUUUCCCUCUGUACGGGGAUGGGAAACGGCAUCCGAAACCCCCCCAGAACCCUGAAAAACCAGAUCAACAGGGAUAAAAACGGGGGCACGGGAACCCUCAGGGAGGGAGCGCAUCGAGAUUGGGGGAAGUGUUGUGCUGCAAAAAGAUCCCUCUGUUAGAGAUCGUCACUAACUAUAAAUAUAUGAAAGCAAGAGGUUCGAUGCGAGGCGACGUUGACGUUAUUUGGCUGAGUUUAGCACAACACAUAGACACGCCAAUGUUGGCAGCUUUCUGUCUUCCACACCCCCUCUUGUAAUGCUUUGCCAAUGACAACGGUGACCAUGGCAAAUUCGCCAAUGCCAGGCAGCCACACAAACAUCCACAUGCAGUCAGAUUAUAGACUACCGCACACCGGUUUAACUUCUGGAUCAGACCUCUCCAUGUUAGAUGUGUGAUACGCCUGGCUGGAAGGGUCGCCCGCAGUCCAGCCGUGCAUAUUUAUUCAGUCCACCUUUGGCAAGCGUUACGCCCCUCUUGAAGACGCAGGACGACGUUCCGCGGAGAAGUCGAGCGUGUGAAACACCGCGCACAACGUCACAGUGCCUGAGCUUUCAGAUGGACCGUAUCUGGGAGUCCAAAGGGGUUUUGUGUGAAUGCAAAAACACCUUGUUCAUGCUGCUUAUAUUUGGAUUCAAAUGUAGGUGUUCCACAAAUUGGCCCAAAGUUGUGAUUUAUUUUUUUCUUUCUAUACAAGCCUUUUGGUGUAUUUUGUCAAACGGACAUAAUUUUAGUCUUUUUGGAUUAAUUAGACCCAAUGCCACAUACGUCUUGUUCUUUGUCUGGUUUUCUUACGAGUCUUACUAGUGUAAUGCCAUAUCAGAAGCCACAUUCACACUGCAGCUAAUUCAGAUCUCACUCCACUUCUGACUUAUCCUGAUCUUAAUUUUUUUUUUUUUUGGAAGUGACACGUUUUUACAUCCAAAA